UAGAUGAUGAUGAAGACCUUGAACUGUAUCAUGUACACAGAGAAGCGAGCACAAAGUAUUGGAAAUUGAGAAGGAAAUUGGCGCUACAAUGGCCUUGCAGUAUAUGCGAUGUUCUCCUUUCUCUAGAAUGUUAACGCGUUAUGCUCUUUUUCAAUGUCGUUUUAUAAAAAAUCUUAGUCUAAAGAGCUUUCAUACGGGCUUUCAGAAUCACAUGCCCCUCAUACCCAUGGUAUUAGACAAGACUACAAAUGUUGAACGAUAUUAUGACAUAUAUUCCCGUUUAUUGAAGGACCGAAUUAUAUGUCUUAUGGGUGCGGUCACCGAUGAAAUAGCUGGGUCGGUUAUCGCACAACUCCUGUUCUUACAAUCAGAGGAUAAGAAGAUUCCUAUACACUUAUAUAUUAACAGUCCAGGAGGCGUUGUUACUGCAGGUCUAGCAAUUUACGACACUAUGCAGUUUAUUAGACCACCAGUUGCUACUUUGUGCAUAGGUCAGGCUAGUAGUAUGGGUUCUUUGUUGCUAGCAGCUGGUUCACCUGGUUGUCGAUUCGCUCUUCCUCAUUCCCGUAUAAUGGUCCAUCAACCAUCUGGCUCUGCCCAUGGUCAAGCAUCGGAUAUUAAAAUUCAGGCAGAGGAGAUAAUUAGGACGCGUAAUGUUAUAAACACUAUAUACGAACGACACACAAGACAGUCCCAGGAAGUGAUAGAAAAGUGGAUGGACCGUGAUUACUUCAUGACUGCAGAAGAAGCAGUUUCAUAUGGAAUAGUCGAUAGGGUUUUACAUAAAGCUCCUGCUGAAAAAGUGGAUGAAAAUGUGGAUUCUAAAUCUCCGCAUUAAUUUUGAAUGUAGUGGCUUCAGUCGACGAGAAAACAUUUUCCACAACUAGUAUUUUGUUUAUAACACAUGACCCACGUGAUGUAAACUGAAUAAUUUCCCGAGCAUAUAUUGUAUUCCAUAAAUAUAUGCUUAUAUUUAUACUCGUAAUUGUGCUUUUUUGCAUGUGGCUUGAUAUUUUAGCGGCAUGUAUUAUGUGACUGCUGAUUUCAUGCUUUUGUGUACCAUUAUGUGGUGGUUGGAUAAAUUUGCUUUUGAGGUCAUUUUUUGUGCAUUUUGUCAUAACUACGACAUGUUUUGGUUUUAUUGACGGGAUUAUUCACUCCAUAGGUAUAUAGAUAAUAUCAUAUAUUCCUAAUUCCUACAAAUUGUUCAGAGAACUGCACACUUGAAAUGUACUCUUGUCAUGACCAUAUUGUACACAGUUCACUCAGUAAACUGUCGGUUACGGACUAUCACAUUCAGAACUUGUCAAAAGGCGGCCGGACCCUUCAUUAUUUGUUAUUUUGGCUUUAUCUUAACCUUCGAUAAAAGUCUGAAGAUCGAUGCUAUUAUUGCACUCUGGAUGUAGCUAAUUACUAAAAGUGAACUAUCAAAGAGGUCCUCCAAUCAGUGUGGUAUCAUAUUCUCUUACUCUCGGUAGUGCUAGAUACAAUUGUUUCCAAGUCAAUCUGUUUUGUAAAUGGAACUAGCUUUACACUUUUUUGAUCUUCCUUAGUAUCUGUCAUUUGCCUUGGGCAUUUUAAAAUGCUCCAAGUAUUCUGCCUUCGCAGCCAGACCAAAUGAACCUUUAUGGAUCCCUUAUCGCAAACGAAAUUUAAACGACCUGUUUUUCUCAAACCCUUACCAAAGGUUUAGGACUGUUGCCUUCAGGUGUAACAAGUGGUGUGGAUUGCUGUGAUAGUUGUCUUACUAAUUCUUAUGUAUCGUGUCUCAUAAAAACAGGCAUCGGGGCCAUUUUUCCUGGAGGGACGACAGUCGGCCGAUUUUUUUUAACUACUCUCUAAUUAUGAUAUCACCUACCAUUUUCACUUCAGUAUGAUAUUCCGAAAAUGCUGCCAAGGACAAUUAGUAGGCUAGCGGAGCUCGCGAUCUCCUUGGGACUUCCUAGGACUAUUCAGUCAAACAGUAUACAAUUAGCUGUUAUACUGCAGUUUCCAAAUGUGAAAAGUGCAAUCAUUUCUGUUUGCAUAUCAAGUCAUGAGUGUUUAUUGAGUUAUACGAAGUCACCAAACCGCGUGAAAGUUAAAUGAACAUCUUAAAUCGUGCUUCAUGUGCUUGUCUGAAAUAUGAAAUUUACUCGUUUCCUAACAUAAUACAGUCUAGAAAACUAGUGUUUCUUAUCCAAUCUGAUAUAGAGUUUGGGGUUUGGGUGAUUUGACUCGUUGGAGUGGACGUGGUUUAUGGAAGACAUACCUUUUGUAGGAAUUUGGGGAGAUUGUGCGAGCGUCAGUAUAUUUAACGUUUAACCAUCACAACGAAAGAAGUGAAGUCUAAGAGAAUUGACUGUAUGUUGACGAGGUUUCUGAUAAGGCGAAUACACUAGUACUGCCACAAUAAAAACGUCCGAGGAAUAGCUUCUAGACUCAGACUUUUCUGCAGAAAGUGUGUUAGGUUUUAGGGACUUCUUUUAACUACCAUGCUAAUUUUAUCCGAUUAAUCCAUCCCUGAUUGUGAAAGGCAAAAUACUUGAAAACGUUAAUUGCUAAGGUUGGAAAAUAUAUGCUUAUUAUCACGUCUCAGAAAUCUUCAUUAGGACACAAUACUAUUUUUCAUUGAGCCACGAAACUAUAAGGGUUAUUUUCUGCUUCGAAAGGUUGUGUUUAAAUAAAGUUACAUGCAUCUAUUUCUUACCGUCAAAGAUAAAUAUAAGUUUCACGAUAAAAUUAUCUAUUAUGUAAAUACAACAGCGCUUCCAUGUUUUAGUCGUAAAUUGAGGUUGUUUUCAAUAGUUUGAUGGUAAUAUCCAGCGUACAUUAUGCGAUGAUAUUAUUCCCUUCUUUACUACUCUUCCCUUAUGUACAUCGCUAAGUUUAGUUGUGAAUAAGUAGUUUUAACAUUGAUUUGAUAACCAUUAUUUGGAAAUAUUAGGGAAACUGAUUUUAAGUCCAAGUUUGAGCAGAUAGAUUGGAUCUACAUCUUUUAAAUCUUGAAUACAAUGUUCCAUAUUUAUUUGAUUUGUUUUAUCUUACCGUUCGUCUGAAUAGCAUAUGCAUGUCCAGGAUGAAAUGACUUUGUUCUUUUUUAAGGUACAUAGUCUGAUUAAGAAGCUAUAUAGUACCCAUGAUUAUUAUGACAAUAUAUAAGUCUUACGAUUAGUUGACUCUCGAAAACUACAGUUGUUAUUGUUUUUGCUUAGUUGACAACUUGCUCGUUUUGUAAUUUUUUUGUUGAAGGUGCUCUUAGAUCAUAACUGUUUCUGGUCUUUUUACAUAGAAAUUUCGGCUUACAAAUAUGAUUUAUGAACUAGAAUACUUCUGUGGGACUUUGAUUUGGUAUUUUACAAGUUUUCUAAACUGUGAUCAUUCUUUUGUCUAGAUUAAAUAAGUAAUUCUAAACACAUUAAGUCACUCUAAUCUGAAUUUUAAGUCAACUUCAUUAUGUUUUUGUUGGUUCUUAUCAAGAAUUUUCAUGAAUUCAAGUAUCUGUAUACUAAUACUUUCAUGAGUCGAUUUUUUCAAGUCUUUUUAUCUACUUCACACAUACUACUUUGGUGAUCUCUGUUGUUUAUUUAACUAUGAAACUGUUAUGCAUGAAUUAAUCUAAUGAAAAUACUAUACAUUUAUUCAUUAUACUUAAACUAUUAACUCACUAUUUAAAUUAUACUUUUUAGAUGUAGUGGUUUAUAUUUUCUAGUUUAUAUUAAACACUAACUUGUAAUCAAUUUGUUAUUAUAUGAACUUCGUGUAUAGGGAAAUUUCAAUAUUAUUUUUAUUAAAAAACUCAUUGUAUGUUGGGUGUUGACUAAGAGUGCAAUUCAGAACGUGUAUUUAUUCAUGUUUAGUGCUUAUAAUAUAUAUGUGGGAACGGUUUUAUCACGAUGCAUGUUUCUACAUCAACACUCCCAUAGUCUUCGUGAAACCAGAUCAGAGUUUAAGUUCUCACGGUGAAUGUAAUACUAUUAAGCCACGCUGUAGGCUUCUAGUGAACCAAUACAGAAUUACAUUUUUCUCAUCCAUUAAAAAUAGUUGGUGACCAACAUUGUUCGACGAAGGAUCUCUUUGAUUUUCAUUUAAUUAGUUGUUACUUAACCUGAUUUACUUGCACACUUCUUAUAAACAAUUCUGUAGCCACAAUCAGGCAACCUUCAAAGCCCUGGGACUCCCAGACGUGGUGUAGGUCCAGGAGCUGCGAAUUUUGGGGGUGGAAUCUAUGGUCCGAAUGUUGGCGGCGGAGCUGAUUCACGAGAGUCUGGUUUCUUAGCUAAGUUAAACACACUGUCACGUUCACGAAGGCGGAAACAAGAAGCUGAAGAGUUGGCAGCUGAAGCACGGCAGGCUAUGGAGGACCCUUUACUUCCUGCUCCACUCGAUCUCGGUACUGAUGGUUAUCAGUUGGCUGAGGGUGAAGAACGCUCUAUGAUAGAACCUCAGUCAAAAGAUCAUCCAUCAGUUCAUAAUUUAUCAUGCUCACUUAUUGAAUGGAUUAAUACUGAACUUGUAGACGACAGAAUUUUAGUACGUGAUCUAGAAGCAGACUUAUAUGAUGGGCAAGUAUUGCAAAAACUAAUUGAAAAAUUGUUAAAUAUUAAAAUUGAUCAUCCAGAAGUAGCUCAGACUGAAAUAGGUCAAAAACAACGUUUAAAAAUUGUAAUUGAUGAAAUUAAUGGUGCCUUAGACAUAUCACCUGUUCGUGCUGCCCAACUAUGGCCUGUUUCUGCUGUGUAUAAUCGAGAUUUAGUGGCUAUACUACGUUUAUUGGUGGCAUUAGUUCAUAAAUUUUCUCCAGCCAUAAUUCUACCACGUAAAGUUCAACUAACUGUUUUAAUAGUUCGGAAAAUCAAUGGUAUUUUACAACAUAGACGUCAAAUUGAACCAGUUACUGAUAUUGGAGAUGAACAAGAUAAUACAGAAACUGAUCAUGAUGCUAUAAGUGCAUUGGUCGAUUGUGCCAUACCAGAACAAUUGGCUUCAUUUCAACAAACUUUAAAAACAUUUGUAAAUCGUAAUUUGAAUAAACUGAAUCUACAUGUUACUGAUUUGGAAAAUGAAAUGAGUGAUGGUGUCUACUUCAUUUUAUUACUUGGUUUACUUGGCAACUAUUUCGUUCCACUGCAUGCUUAUCAUAUCACACCAACAACAGAUGCUCAAAAGUUGGCUAAUCUUCAAGUUGCCUUUCAAUUGGCUCAUGAUGUUGAAGGUAUUGACUUAGAAUAUAAUCAACCUGAAAGUGUAUUACGUCACGAUUUAAAGGCAACAUUACGUUUAUUAUAUACAUUAUAUACUCGAUAUGGUGAUAUUCAAUAAGAGAAAAAGAAUUUAUUUAUGAAUGAAUCUGUAUGCAUCCGUUAACUAGUCAUUUCUUUUUUAUGCUGCAUUAUUAUUUUGUUGUAAGAGGCAAAAUGCAUUUACUUUUCUUGAUUACCGUGUGAUUUUUCUUAAAGAUAAUCUGUAUUCAUCAUUCAGUUUAUAAAUGGUAGUCUUUUUUGUUCAAUUUUAUUCUCUCAUAAACCAGUUUAUAAAUUUUCUGCUUUAUUUGCUUUUAUUAUGAAUUUGACAGGAAAAGGACAUUAUGAUUAGUUUAUAUUAAUUAGGAAACCCUGUAUAUCAUGUUAUACACCAACGAAUAUAAACUGAAGUACUGAUAUUAAAACUUAUGCAGUAUUAAGGUUCAAAGGUAGAUGAAUAUAAAAUAUUUUGAGUGUAAAAUCAUUGGUGAUGCAACGUUGUGUUUUUUGUCACUAUCCAUCCAUGUUUUACGUUGUUAGUGUAUAAUAAUAAUAACAAUCACUUCUGUUUGCGUUAUUAUGUUGUUUGACUUAUUUUGUGAGCUAUACAAGAAAUCUUUAAUUCAUGCUAUUUUUAACUUUGUCAGUUUACUAUCAACUUUUUAAAGUCUUUGUCACAUAGCUCCUGUCUGCUCAUAUUUCUUCGUAGCUAUGCUUUGGUUACCGAAAAACGAGUAAUUACGGUCCUAUCGAAAUGGUAUUUUAAAGAUGAUUGUUUAGCUUUCAAGUACAGUAAUCCCACUGCAGGUAAUUGAAGAUCUGAAACUAGUUCGCAAGAUACUAUUUUACUACUCUUAGUAAUAAAACGUUAUGAGUAGUAGGUCCCUGAAUAGGUAUAAUACUCAUAGGUGGUCUAAACAAGCUGUCCCUAAGUUGGACCAGCUAUUGUUGGGGUCCUGCAUUUAUAGGGUUAGUGUGGCUUUAUUGAAUAAUGUGCAUGUCCAUGUAACGAUUUAUUUACAUAAAUACGCUGAAAACAUCCUUGUUGCAAGGCGCUUGCAUCUUUCCUUAUUUUGUGACUCAUAGCAGAUGUUAGCAGUUUCAAUAACCUAUGGGAGUUCUACUUUACCGUCAAGUGGCUUAAUUGUCUUGACCACCCGCCUCCAAAUGUUGAGUUUAAUAUCACUCCCAACAUUUCGUUCUUCAUAAUUUAUUCAAUUUGAGUAGUACUUAUCAUUCUAAGUUUGAAACCUGAAAACCAGGAGGCAACAGAUGGCUGUUUCACCCUAGUGUGGGACUUCUAAGGGAUGUGCAUUCAUAACCCCAUUAAGUGUCAGACACAUAUCACUGGGGUAUGUCGGUAGGCUCUUAACCUUUAGGUUAUUUAGUUGGCAUUCAGUGAUAUACAUUUCCAACCUAAAUCUAUCCGCGAUAUUAGGCGACCAUCAUGUUUACUUUUCCAUUUCAAGUGACACUGUUAUUUCUAUGGCUCCUCAAUCCGUUGGUCACUGCUUCCGUUGUGUUGAUAUUGUAGGGCCAGUGAAAUGUCACUGAGCCCUAGCCAAAUCAUCCGACAGUUGGAUCACUGAAUGUCGAACAGAUCGUCGCUCCCUGUCAAGGUCAUGUACAACCAACGCGCAUUAGUUAAUCAUACGCCAUGGACUGGCCCAUGCGGCAGUGGUCUUACUUUCGCUUGUAUCUACUUUAACUAAUAUAUUUCUGUAAUAACGUCCUUUGUGUUGUACAGUCUUCAAAGCAUCUAUAGUACCUUGUUACGUCAAUGGGGGUAGUCCACGUAAGAUGCUGACCACAAGGUGUGACUUCGACAUUAGCUAGUUUGUCACACCAUUCACGUCUAACUCGAGUAGGCCUCCAAUCAUUUCGACAUAGAUCAUCUACGUUGGUGAUCAACACUGGUGAGCAAGACUUCGAGUAACGCAACCUAUCACUAUAAUCUUUAUUAUUGUAUUCUAUACUUAUUCUUUUUCAUUUUUAUCAUCGCCUAUGUUAAUCUAUCACUGUGAACUUUCGUUGCUUCAUGUCAAUGUUGAUUAGUAUUUAAACUUAAAUACUUAGUUCAAUCGACAGAACUAACCAAUCAACUACGAUUAUAAUCGCCUAUCGUGGUUCUUUAACAAGCAUUAGCAGCAUGUAAAUGCUCCUGUGUAAUAUGUUUGUUAAAAUAUCAACCACUCGUGAGUAUAGCCACAAGGCAACACGAACGCAUAUCUCUUUGUACCUUAUCCACUGGUAUAAAUAAGACAAGAUUAACUAUCGACUAUAAAUUCAUCUUUCUGCUUAACCACUAUCCACUAGAAUGUUUUGCUUUUUUACCACUGUCUGCCUAAUUUCCAAUUGCUGAGUUCCAUGGCCAAACAGAGGAUACGAAUGCUAUAAAUUUACGACUGUUCGUCAGUCUACAAUGCUGUGUUAAUCGAACAAUUUAAUCAACAGUACCUCGUACAUAAUCCAUAUUCAAACUACUGCCUACUUCAUAUCUUCAUUACUUAGAGGCAAGAGUAACCCAGGCGAGUUUCAUAAUUUCAUUAGAUUAUUUCGUACUAUAUUUAUGAUGCGUGAUAACAUUUCGUAGUUGCUUUCACGUUAACCAGUCAUAUAUUCUGUCACUGCCGUCAAGUUUUAGUCGAAAUCAUGUACAUUUAUGACUCGUUAGUCGACAUACUGUGGUAAAACAUAUUGCAUGUACACGAGCACGCUUAGUCCAUGUCCCAAGUACACAUGUUGUCGUACUUAAUAUGUCACUUAAUGCUAGGUAAUAAGCUCUUUGUAUCAUCCUUUUACGAAAUGGCCACGUUACCUGGACCCUCUAAACCUUAGUUACAUUGGUGGUUACCAUUUUAAUUAAUGGUUAUUAUACCCCUUGUAUUUGCUAAUAAUUCACACGGUAAAUCAUGGCUCGAUUUCCUUAUUACACAGCAGUCAUUUUAAUUCUAUUUUCGGUUUAUUUACAUGCGAUACGGGUUUAGAAAAUAUCUAAACGUCCUCGAAAAUUCUCCACGAACCCAACCAUAGUUUUCGUAUAUGUUUUUAUUCACACAUCCAACUGUUACGCUAAUCAUACCUAAGCGAACGUUCAGUGCAACUGUCAGUAUACGUAAGAACGAUGUUAUUUAGACUUGACAUUGUAACACAUCUGAACUAUUGUAGUUCUACUUCGAUGUCGUACUUCAUUUUAUGAAGUAUUGUUUCCUCGUGGCUGUUGUUUAACAGAUGAUUCCGGUACAUCAAUCGGCUGUUCAACUACUCGACGAUUUACAACCUGUCCAGUUCAAUUGGUGGUCUGACGACAACAUCAUUCGCGCGAAUCAUCAGUUUAUGCAGUCGAGCGAAUCUCCUGCAAACUGAAAACGAUAUUGUCGCCUCUAUCCCAACACUGACAGCGUUUUUCACGGGUAUCAUUGACAUGAGUCCAGAGUGACACUCUUGGUUUCUUAUGUUCUUUUCGAUAUUUUUCUGUUCACUAACCGAACAAACACGCAGCAUUCACCGUUUAUCAUCUUUUAGAGACUUCAUCGUGCCACCUUUUGCUGUCGAUUUGUAGCCUUCAACCCUUACUGACUGUAACAGCAGUCAUCGACUUUUCAAA